CUGGAGAUACCUCGGCAAAUCUCAGUCCUCGAGAUUUAAGAUUUUCUUCUCUUGGCAGACACGGAUUUGCGUCCUCACGGCCCCCACCGAGUCGAUCUCACGACGUGGUCACUAUGUCUGGCUCCACGAAUAUCACCUAUAUCGUGGAUGAUAGUGACAGUGCUAUCGAGUAUCUGUGUACAUCGACGCACGAGAGGGUCAUUAACUCAUUCUUCCAUGAUACUUGGACAUCAAUAGCCAGCACGAACUGCUCAAAUGGCUGGUUCCAGUACAAGUUUAAUGGUGAGAUACGUUCCUCAUGCUCAGACGUUCUCACCCAAUCUUGUGUGGCAGGUACCAGGGUGCACGUAUCCUCCCCCAUCACCAGAUAUGGGCAGGAUUAUACUGUGAACAUGGACUCCGCCGGCGCACUCAUUGAAUACGGCAAUGGCGUAUACACGUCCAGCCUGUUAUCCGAUGGGGAGCACAGUAUUAUCUAUGCUAUCGGCCGCGAAAAUCUGUACCCUACUUUCGACUAUCUAACCGUCCAAGCAGGUUUAUCGACACAGAUGAAAGGGCGCACAAUCAUCGUCGAUGAUUAUGACCCUGAUAUAGCAUUCUCUGGCAAUUGGUCCAACGUAGCUAUCUAUCCCACGGAGUUCGACUAUUCAACCGGCCCGUAUAAGGAUACCGCUCACUGGAGUAACACUGCCGGAGACUCGUUCUCGUUUCGGUUUUAUGGAUCGUCCGUUGCAGUGUACGGCAUCAUUAGCAAUUCGACCGACACUGGCAGUAGUGCUGUGCUUUCGUACAGCGUGGAUGCGGAGCAAGCUACUACAUCAGUAUCUUUGGCUAGUGGCACCAACCAACCAGUCCCAAUGGCGCAGCUGUUCAGUGUCGAUGUGCCUGAUGGUUUGCAUACACUCGUCGUGAACGUUACGUUCGUGUUGAAUUUGCGGCAAAUCGGGAUUGAUUUCGUCACUUACAAUGCGUCGUUUGAGAGCAUUGAUUCAAUACCAUUCGUUUCUGAUUCACCGGUAUCUGCCACUUCUUCAUCGAAGGCGACAAAAGUGGGUGCCAUUGUCGGAGGUGUAGUUGGGGGUAUCGCUUUUGUCGCGGUCUUUGCUCUCUUCUUGUACAUCCUCAAAAACCGAGUACAUCAACGACGUCGCACCCGAGCUGCUGCUGUCAUCAUCGGCAGGAAUUACAAUCCUCAACUUGAUGCGAAGCACCAACCAACUGUCGAAGCGUACCAAAUGCGAGACCAGAAGGCAGGGCCAUAAUGUUCUGAAUACUAACUAAUUUUGUAUCUCACUUUUUUUUUUUUCGUUAGUUGUACCAUGUAUCGCAGUCGUAUCAUCUUUUGUAUUUAUAGCACUCCAAAAUUCUCGUUCGAUUUCCGAUUCAUUUUAGGUAGGCCGUCCGGACUAGCGCU